AUGAGUUCGCUGUGUUUACUGUUUACCCUGUUAAAUGUGAUUUUUUGCAUUCUGACAUUAUCGGUUAAUGGACAAAGUGCUAAUGACUCUACGACAAAUGAAUCCUACUUCAUAAUUGGAUAUACAGUUCCUUUUCAAUGUAAUCUAAUCAAUGUCGUAAAUCCUCCUCCGAUGGAUUCACCUUUAAGGGGUCGCAUACGUGUUUGGCCGGAGGAGUAUUCGAAACUUGAUAAUGCUUCGUGGAUAGCCUAUGUUAAUUGCGAUGUACCCCAAAGUACCAUGAGUUACAUUUAUUCGGCACAAGGAAAUCAUUCAAGUGCUAUAGUCUUAUAUUCGAAUUCCAACGAUUCAUGUGAUACCUCGUCAAUAAAUAUAAGAUAUAUGUCCGCACCACUAUUUUUGGGAACAAAUAAAACAUGUCAAGAUAGCAUCCUUACAAAUGAAUCCCUUGGACUGUUUGCAUUUAUAGAGUUCGUCGUCGACAACAAUAACAGUAGCUAUCCGAACAACUCAACCGAUAUCAAUGGAAGCACAGUGAUAGCGGCCACUUAUCAAACUGCUAUGGUCAUAUUAUAUUCUGUAUCCGGGAUCGUGCUGGGUUUGUUUUUCAUAAUAGUUGUUGUGAACAUCAUAAAAAAUAGGCUUCGUCCUUCAUCACAGUCAGCUGGCGAAGGCAACAGCAAUUCCGGAAAUGGGAUUGCCAAAUCGGUGUUGGAUAGUUUUCCGGUUUACCUGUUCUCUCUGGGCAACAAUGGUGGUGAUAAAACCUCCGAGGAUGCCAAAACAGGAGAUGCCUCUGAUGAACCGGUGUUGGAAUCGUUGAAAGUUAUUGAUGAGAAAACAUUGGAAUCGACGGAAGAAAUCAAAUUGUCAGAUCAAACUCCUUCAGAGAAUAAAGAAGAGGAGGUUGACGUCACCAUAGAUGGGUCUGCAGAUGAUGCUGUCGAUGUCUCUAAUAAUCAUCAGACGAAGGAUUCUCAGUUGAAUCGAACGACACUUCUUCCUUCGGCAAUCUCAUCAGUUUUCAAUAAGGUCACGGACGAACAACUAACCUGUCCAAUCUGUUUGGGUGAUUUCGAGUCUGGUGAAGAGUUAAGAAUCCUUCCGUGUCAUCACCAAUAUCACACUGUAUGCAUCGAUCCAUGGCUCCUAAACACCUCUCCACUAUGUCCAAUGUGUAAAACAGAUUAUACAUCUUGGGAUAAAGAAUUACCAUCCUCGCAUCAAGAAGAAGGGUCAAUCUCCUCAUCUUUAUAUUCUGGUGGAAUCGCCAGUGAUGAGCAGCCACAAACUCGAAUCAAUAAUAGUAAUGAUUCAUCACAUAUGUUGGAGGUGAAGGAAUGUCAGGGCGACAGCGGCCACAAGAAAAUGACAAUACUACCGAUGACGAUGCAGCCAGGGUGA